AUGAAUCUCAGCCCCUGGGAUGGAAACUGGGAAGCCACCUUCAGUCGCGUCGUCCACGGCCUCACCUACUCGCGCCUCGACCACUACGACUCGAUCUUCCAGACCGAAUUCAGCGGCUGGCUCGACCGGCAACGCAUCGACAAGUCCGCAUUCGCCGCCAUCCACACAAUGGGCUCGGACCAGACAUGGGACCUACGAGAGUAUGACGCGGUGGAAAUUACACUGGGCAAAUCGGACGGGAAAAUAUACAGCAUCGUGAUGCAGGAUGAGCGGCCAUUCGCCUGGGAGGACACGUUUUGUGCGAGGAAUGCAAAGGGACUCAUGACGCCAACGAAACGCUGGAUUCGCUUCAGCCGCCUACAGCCCAUCUGCGGAAAUGGAGAGCCGCCGACGCCGUUGGAUCUACGGAGGAUCAAAGGAUUUGGGAUUUGGAUUCGAAAUACCGACGAACGGCAGGAAGGCCCCUUUUCGUUGAACAUACACUCUAUCAGCGCCGUCAAACUCCCAUGCUCGUGUCCGGUCGCCGUACAAAAGCACGAUGGUGUAAAGGAAAAGGUCAAGGUCGCGAUCGACACGGUCAGAGACUCCAUGAAGGAUAGCAUGGCACAAGCCAAAGUGAUGAACACUCUCGACACGAUGAAAGACUCGGUGAAACACUCGGUAAAAGGCUCCCUGGCACAGGCAGUGGUCCGCAUGACCAAGAAGUAG